GUUUGACUAGGUAGAGACAGGAAGAAGAGAAGAGACGUGGACGGAUGGACGAAGACCCCAACUUUCCUCUGGGACUUGCCAUCAAACCAUCGUACAUCGCGACCCAUGCAGGCAGCACUGGCGGUGAAGAGGUGGAACGAUGGGACCGGGACACCGAAGCCGAUAUCGAGCAGUACGGCAUCGCAGGUCGCAUCUGGGAGGCCGUCGGCCUCUUGAGCAAUUACCUCGUCCCCCCCGCCUCGGCCUUACAGCAGGGAUUGGAGUUCGAUCCGCCAUGCGGCCUGUUUGAUGGAAAGAGCGAUGUCAAUAUCGUGGAGCUUGGCUCAGGGACGGGCGUCGUGGGGAUCAAAAUUGCUCUGCAUGCUCGACGACUUUGCGACGGCGCAGCGCACAAGAAGACGCGAGUCUUUCUGACUGAUCUCGACAAUGUCUGCCCGCUUCUCGAUCGAAAUGCUCGUAGAGCAGGCUGUUACGCACACAACGAUAGCGGCGACGGCGACAGGUCCAAGACUGAGGUCUGCGUCCAGCCUCUGCCUUGGGGCUCGCGCAAGCACGCCCAUCAGCUCCUCUGCACAACCGUCAUCACCCACGUCAUCUGCUCAGACCUCGUCUACUUUCCACACCUUCUUGCUCCGCUCCUUCGUUCCCUCAUCGACCUUACUGGAGUGUCUGAUACAGAGAGAGGAGAGGGCGGCUCGCCAAAGGUCAUCAUCGGCUAUCGCGUACGUUCGCUGGUCAAGGAGGAGGCCUUCUGGAGGGCAUUCGCGGCCUGGUUCAGUUUCGAACCAGUGCUUUGCAGGCGCACGAUGCCUGCUAACGCAGACAAUGAGCAAGACUGGAGAAGCUUUGGAACACGGGCAUCUGAUCGCGCUACAGGUGCAAAGGCAGCAUCGCUGGCGAAGGAGGACGAGGAGGGGGAAGAUGCACCGAGCUUCGUUUUUGUUGCAGCCAGGAAAAGCGAAUCUCUGGACUGGCAGGCGCCCUCCGAGGAUGCGCUCUUGAUGGGAGGCUGGAUGGACCGAAAGAGUGCUGAUGCACCCGAGAGGAAGUUGGGACAAGGAAUGGACGCCUUUGAGCUGCUGUUGUUCAAUGCGCUUCAGGGCUAAAGACGUCGGAUCACUGUAUUCCUAGCCAUAGACAAGCAUCUCUAAUAUUCAAAUAAGAAUC